GUGUCAAUAUAUCAAUUAGAUCUAGUAAUGAUAGCAGCCUACAUAGUACAAAUUCUAGAAGCACCCUGUUAAAUUAUUAAUAGUAUGCAUCGGGAUCGGAAAUCAGAUAUUACAACUAAAAAGAAAAAAUGUUUACCUACCUUACAGCCCUUGCAGACAUGACAAAGACCGUCGACAGAUUACGCCUUCAUCGUGUUCACUGAUAUGGAAUAUGGAGGACAACAAACAAGAUGUCUUGACAAAGUGAUAUGAAAGUUUCAGCUGGAAUUUAUGUCUCCACCUCUGCUUGUUUAAAUUGAGAGUCUUACUGGUCAAUUAUGUCUCUCAGAGUCCAUUUGCUUUUCAACCUUCCACAGUAUCCCAUUACUGGGAUCUCAAUAUUCUUAAUUUUUGUUGGUGUCUGUAGCAUAGCAGCAACUGUGUUUGGCUUUAUUGAGGUGAUAUGGGGAAGCUAUAUUGCCACAGGUGCGUGGGGAGGAGGAAUGGCUAUCAUCACUGGUCUAUAUGGAGCAGGAGCUGCAUACAGCAAGGGUGUGUGUAGUGUCACGUCCUUCACAGUUGUUGCUUACUUCUGUUGUUUAGUCUCAAUUGGUCAGGGGGUCAUGUCUGCAGCUGGUCUGGAGUUUCGUAGUGGAUUUUAUCCAAAUGUCAACUUGUAUACUGGUAUCAAUGAAGGGCAUACUAAAAUUAUCCAUGCUAUUCUUGUGGGAACAGCUGGAUUACAGUUUAUCCUUGCUUUGAUACUAGCAAUGAUAUGCACCAGACACAUAUGUAUUGGGCGCAAAAAAGAAAAAGUUAAUCAGAACACUGUAUUGUAUGGUUCCAGCCCAUUUCAAAGGGGAAAAGAAAGAGCUAGCUCUUCUAGUCAAGCACCAUUAGUUUCAGGAUCAAACAGAAAGAAACCAAAGAAGAAAAAAGUUAAAAGAAAAGCUAAAGACCACAACACUCCCUCAUCAUCUGCUUGCAUUCACCAUCAAACUUUUACAGAUUCCGAACAACGAGUUGUAGGAAGAAGAUAUGGAAAUUUGCCUGUUGCAGGUGCUAACAUUGUUGAAGCUCAAAAUUUUAGCAGAAAUAAUAGCCGAAACUCCUCAGUCAGGGGUCACAGAUCUUUUUCAAAUGCUAAUGAAUCAUUAAGGUCUUCAAGACGCAGGCAACGACCUCCUUUGCAGCUGCAGGGAUCUCGUUAUGACCAGGAAACACAAGGACUAUUGGCCCAAGUACAAAACAAGUUAGCUCUGGAGUCUGGUGAUACAGCUUUAGAACAUCCUCCUUUUCCAGAAAUAAUUGUCCCUAGAGCUUCUGUGUCAGAAUUUGAUCUGUUGGAAGAAACACCCCAAAACCAAAGCAGUAGACCUCAGAAUGUUUCCCCAAAUUUUAUACCGAUCAGAGACACAUUAAGUGACCCACUGUCAAUUGAGGAUGAUGAUGAACUUCCACCUUAUGAGGAAAAUCCUGGGACAAAUGAAGAAAGAUUGCAUUACCCUGAAUCAAUCAGUAGAACUAAUACUGAUGAGGAUAUUCAAAAUCUUGAUAACUUUGACAGACACAGUGAUACACUAACAUUCAAUUCUGACUUGCACUCAUCAGCUACUUUUCAUUCAGAAGAGAGAUCAAACACAGGAAAUGUAAGACCUGUGUCAUAUUUUGAGGAACCCCAAAACAUGAUAAAAAGAGAACGGAGUCACACACUGGGAAGUGUACCUGUUCCACAGAUAUCUCUGCUUAAUCCAGCCAGACAGGAUAUUUUCUUGGGUGAGCAGGAUCCUCAAGGUGUAUCUUACUGUGAAUUUUCAAGACAAAGUGACAAAAUUAUAACCCAAAAGAAACCAAAGCACUAUGAUGACACAAAAUACAGUGCAGAGAGAGCUCUGCAGAGAGAAAAUUCAUUGAAAAGUGCAAGAAAAUCCAAUGGAGAAUCUGAAAUUAAAAAUGACUUUUGCUUUUCGUCACCAUUUUUUAACAAUGAAAUUGAUCCACGUCGCCUCUCAAAAGUCUCCACGGUUUCUUUGCCUGCAGGCUUUGCCCCACCAAAACCUCCCAGGAUUUUUACUGUAGAAAUGAGUUCCUUACAAUCUCCACUUAAUGAAAGCCAAGAAAUAGUAAAACCUGUGGAGAAAAAGAUAGAGCAUCCUUCAAUUGACUUGAGUCAAGUUGUUCUCCGAAGAAAGAAACCUAUCAUAAGAUCAUAUACAGAUGAUGUUACAAGAGCAACACCAUCCUCAUCUAAGGACUCAGAUGAAAAAAAUCAAGGUUUCAAUUUUGAUUCCAUGACACCACUUAGUGUAAAGACAUCUCAAACUGAUGAUCAUUAUUCUUCAUUUUCAAAAACAAAACCAUAUGCUCAAUCAUCCCCUAAACUGAAAGCUUUGGAAAAGUUGACACUGCCAACGAUAUCGCCUUGUCUGUCGCCUAUUCCUAGGACUGCACCACUGGAAGAGGAGAGUUCUUUUUCAGAGAAUGUCAGGAGAGAGGAUAGGAGUUCUGAUGACAUGAAUGUCAAAAAGCCAGUGGAAAAGAAAAGAACAAAACUGGAUGUGAAGAGGAAAGAUCCCCAUCCCUUGUCCCUAUUGCCAUACCUAACCAAAUCAGUUUCAGAAUUUCCAAAUGACAAUAGUAUUGCUGGUUUGGAAAACCAAAAGAAAGCAUCUUUUCCCAACAAACAUAGUGAUGUGGAGAACCACCAAUUUAGACAAACCUUUAAUGAAGACUCAGAUGAAGAAUUAAAGAAAUUUCUUGGAAUAAAGUGCAAUAGUAAAAGCAUUCAUUCAGACAAAGAAGCGUCUACUGAAAAUGACCAUAUUCAGCAAAUUGCAUACAAUGAGAGGCUUAAAGCAAAACAUUCUGAAACUCAUUACCAACCACCUGUCUCCAAACCAGUGUCUAGUCAAAAGAGCAGAGUACAAAAUAAUUCUAGAAUUCCAUCCGAAAUGGAAUCUGGACAAACAUCUGGAUCCUCUGCUACAGGGGCUCCAUCCCCAGGGUGUGGAAAUCCCAGAAACAACGAGACUGCUGACCAGCGGAACCAGACUUCAGGGGCCAGAAAUAAACCUAUCUAUAGCAUUCUGCUGUGAUACAUGUAUUGUGCUUGAUUUCAGCCCCCAUUCUCAGUAGAAUUGUAUCUGAUUGAAAUCUUCAAAUGUGUUAAUAAUGUAUAAUUAUUAUGCAUGACCAUGCAUAUCUUUGAUGACAGAGAAAACAAAUUGCUCAGUUUGAGACUAAAUAAAGCUUGUAUAGAACCCUUUUUGUUACUGCAUGAUCUCAAAGGUGCAAUAUGGGAUGUAAAAUAGAUUUAUAAUGUUUUUACUAUAAAUUUUUGUGCCUUUUUUUUUUUUUAGAUUGCCAUGUUUUAUUGCAUUAAGCAUGUAUAAACAGAGAGUAGAUGUAGAAGUAUCCUAUAAUUUCAUUUUUGAAUCCUCAUCUGUUUUGUGUUCUGCAACAGGACUGUUGGCUAGCUAUAAAGUGUUAUAAAUCCAUUUAAGCAUGAAACACAUGGUGUCAUGUUUGUAUAUCAGCUGUCAUUGACAUUAUUAUAAUUUUGUAAACCAAUGUCAAACAGUAACACACUGGGACCAAGGGGUGCCAUUUGGACUCACACCUUACACUAAAUGUAUUAUCAGUGUCUAACUAUAAUUGUGUAUGAGGGUAUCUCUGACUUUUGCAGAAUAAUUUGUAACCAUAUUUUUUAUUUAAAAAAAGUUUUUAUAUACAUGUACAUGGUGCAAUGAUAAACUUUAAAUUUUACAUUCCAAAAUGUGCUAAUUAUUAUAGCUAUUUAAAUUGCAUAUACAAAUAUAUGUAUGUUGAAUUUAUUUUUUGAUUUAUAGAUACAUUCCUUCACCAUAUUAUGCAUAUUUCAAUAGCAUGUAACGAAGUGUUUAUAUAUGUAAAUGAGUUGAACGAGAAUCACAAACUUUAUCGUUAAGCUAUUAUAAUUUGUGACAGCUGACUCCCCAUGUUAUAAUGAAAAUACAUGAAGGUUUAUCAUGUUACUUAAUAUAUUAAUAUAAAUGAAAUGGCCAAAUUAAUUUUUUUUCCAUAAUAAAUAAUUCACUCUUACAUGCAUGUAUGUGUCCCAUUAAAGUUAUCUACUCAAAUAUUCCAGUCAAGAAUAUAAACAUUUUAAUGAUAUAAUUAAUAAAAUAAAAUUAAUAAAAUAAAUAUAUAUGAAUACCCACCAGAAUUUUUUCAAAAGUCUUGAGCAACAACUUUGCUCUUCAUGGAACAUGAGAGAAUUACAUGUACUAAAAAAAUUAUAUGAUUAAAAUUAGUGACUAUUCAUUACUGCAACUAGAGCUUUCACAUUAUUUUCUUGUACAGAUAUGAAGUUACAUAUAUAUGAAUCUCAAUCUGAUUAAAAUCACUGAUCCUCGAUGCUCCCGUUUUAAUGAUAUGUCGCCUCUUAGCGACAUAUCAUUAAAACGGAAGCAUCGAGGAUCUGAUUUUAAUCAGAUUGACAUAAAUCUAUAAGGGUUGUUAACGUUGAUUGAAUCAUAUUAAUGUAAAUUUUGGAUUUGUUUUUUAUCUGUCGAGCAUAUUAAUAAUUUAUUUUUAUGUUGCAGAGUAAUGUAUAUUUAGGUGGAAUAACACAUCAUCACAAAAUGGCUGACCUUUGAUAAAAACGACAUUUCAUUUUAUUUAAAAGAUUUUAUCAACAGCAACAUGGAACCUAUUCUGUAGUCAGAUCGAUAAAGUGUUGGACUUUUGAUCCGUACAUCUUGAUUUCAAAUCCUGCAGCUAGGUGUUUUGUUGAAACGUACUGAUUUGAAUUUUUUAGAUAUUUAUUUUUUACUCCAAACUGCAAAUUUUUCGCUUUUUUGGCAUAUCUACAUUUUAUUCAUCAUUAUAUAGCUUUCAUAAUCAAAUAAUUUACUUUAAUUAAGUGACAUUUUUAUGUGUGUUAUUCCACCUUAAAGAAUUGUUUUCUGGGUUGUAAAAAUGGCAUUUCAUAGUGCAAUUGAUGUGUGAAGACAGUAAUAGCUAGUACAAUGUACUGAACAUUUUUCUCAUGUUUACAUUUUUCAUUCACACACAUUGGAUUGUUACAGUAUAGACUUGUUACAAAGGGAGGUUGUGGGAUAUCAAUCAAUCUCAGAGUUGCUUUUAGUUUAUGUAGUUGUGAGGUGCAAAAUCUCAAGAGUUUCUUAGUGAAGGUUGUGGAAUAUCAUUAAAAUAUGCAUGUAAUUAGUUGCUUGCUGAUUGUGUCAACUAAGUUUUUAAGGCAGUGAUAUAUUGGCUUAUUAUUGAUGAUUUAUGAAAUGUUUAAAAAAGAGUAGAUUUAUUCCUUACUGAUCAUGAUUGUCUUGAAAUGCAUUUUUAAUUUUUUUUUUUUCUUUUAUGCAUAAACAUGUAUUUCAAGGAAAUCAUGUUAUGGAUAUAUAUAUAUACAGCUGAACUUCUGUAUCUCGAACACUGAUAUCUCGAAUACAAUGGAUAUGUCAAAGUGAUUUGUAAGUCCCAACCACUCAUACUUAAAGUAUUUUACUGUUGUUAUCUCAAAUACUCAGAUAUCUCGAUGUUUUAACCAGUCCUAUUUAGUUUGAGAUAACGAGGUUUGACUGUACAUAUGUAUAUAUAAGUUUAUAAGCCUUUCAUGACCUCAUGACUUUUCCUUGAUUUUUCUAUUUUAAUUAAUUCAUAAACUUUUUUGGAAGGGUUAAAGAGUAGGGUUAUCAUAUAUUCAUGAUCUAUGGAAAGACUUGCUAAAUAUGAAUCAUUGCUGGUUAAUGUUAUUGAUAUGUCUUAUUUAUUACUUACAUGUUACAAUUUAAGUUGAAUGCUGGCAUUUUUAUGAAUACAAAUGUUAAAAUUUUUUGCUGAAUUAACAUUAGAGCUACAGUAUUAAAAUUCUAGGUUGUUAACAUAAAUUUAUUGUAUGAAAAUGAUUUUUUUAAGGUGACAUCGAUCACUUCCUAAUUAAAUCCAAGGUACAUUUACAUUGUAUGAAUGGUUUGUUCUAAUGUACAUACUGUACAAUCAUGUUAUAUAAAUUAUUUCUUAACUUUAAAUUUACUGUAAGAAAUUGGUAUAGGUAAUAUAUUAUUACAUGUAGAUUGAACUACUUGUAUAGCAGGGCUGGAGGGAUUGGGCUAUAUUAACUAUCAAUCUUUAGAAGAAGAGCUCUAUACAUGUAGAAAGAUAAAGUAAAAAACGCUAAAAUAUUUUGAGUUUUCCUUUUCUGAUCGAAUGACAGUUUCAAUACAGUGCACUCUACCAUAAGGAGGGCGAAUGGUUUUAAAAAUUAUACUGUUUACUGUACAGGGUUGCAGGGGCCAAACGAACCAGGGCACAUCACUAAAAAGUUAGAUUUCUUCCUCGAUCAAAACAAUCUUUACUAGUAGUCCUAAUCCCAAGAGCACUUAAAUUCUCUCACAGAAAAAAAUUCACAAUUACAGCUACCUUAUAAUAAAGAGGUUACUAUCUGAAUUGGUUGUGCUUUUUUAAGUUGUGAUAAGACUUGAAUUAAUUCCAAACUGUCAAUGUAACAUUCCUGCCACUUUUAUAUUGUGUGUAACACUCUGAAAAUUUGUUGGGUUGUUUUUUUUUUUGGCAUUUAAAUAAAGCAUCAAUGUUGAU